CGAUCCCUACCAAUCACGUUGACCAAGUGCUGGCCAACGCCAGACCGAUCUGCAUCCUCCUACUCCCUCACCACCAACGACUUAGCUUCACACACACCCACACCCCCCAACCACACCAAUCCUGGAUCAUUUCUGCUUUUUUCUAAGGCCGUGAGAAGGGGAUAUCUCGUUUAUAACGAACCCCACCCCCCCUACCUACACACCCCAUCCCGGUGGUUAAUACCCAUCAACAACAAAAAAACUCAAUAGCAUCCAACCAUGACAGGACGUUCCAGAUCACGAAGGCCUCCUUCGCUCGACUUGUCGAUGUCGUCCCGCGGUUCGUCGCGGUCGGGAUCACCUGAACCAGAGAGUGACGACGAGACCUCACAGCAGGAGUCUUGCUGCGAAACCAUCGACGACCGACCACGGGAAGGCGAACGGAUAUUCCCAUCCGGUCCCUACUGCUUCAAGCAACCCACCCUCGCCGACGUACUAUCCGACAAAGCACCUCCACCAUACUCACUGACGGCAUUCAUGGCAUACCUAUCGCAGAACCACUGCCUCGAGACCCUCGAGUUCACCAUGGACGCCAGCCGGUACCGCAAGCACUACAGCUCGAUCGCCUGCCCCAAAGACCGCCAGUCCGCGCCGAGUCAGAAGGAUUGCGCCACCGUCCGAAAGCUGUGGCAGAGGCUCCUGGACGCCUACGUCGUUCCCAAUGCGCCCCGCGAGGUCAACCUUCCUUGCAACAUUCGCGACCAGAUCCUCUCCGUCCCGAACCACCGAACACCACCACCACCAGAAGCACUCGAACCAGCAGUCAAGAUCGUUCAUGAACUGAUGCAGGAGAGCGUGCUUGUUCCAUUCCUCAGCGACUGUCAGCAGCACCACAACACCUUCGUCUCCGAGUCGAGUUGCCCUACUUCUUGGGGAGGUAACGCGUCGGACGAGAGCCUUUACAUGCGCGGCUCCCUGGACGACAGGAUGCUCCGAUGCCGUCGCGACAACUCGCCGCCGAGCCCCGUCGACUGCAUGUCCAACUCGUACCCGACCAUCGCUCCUCCUCGCAUCCCACGUACUACCUCGCCGUUCUCGGCCGCAUUGGGCUGGCAUCACCAUAGCCGCCAGUCAUCGAGUCAUCAGCCGACAAGCAGCUGGGCUAGUAACGCCAGCGGGGACAGCAUGACGAUGAUUGAGGAUUCCGGCUCCAGCACUACCAGCUGGGGUAGCCCCAUGACACCGCCAACCACGCCGCCUGCUAGCGAGAUGACCCGAGGCCAUUCACCCAGGAGCUCCGUCGACAAGGCCGAGAAGGGCUGGAAGCGGGUGACUGGAGGGUUGGGCAGGGGACUCGGAUGGGGAAGGAAGAAGCCCGAGCACGGAAGCUACUGGUAAAUCAUCAUCACUAUCAACGCCAUUACGAUCACGAUACGAAACAUCUUCGAGAUUCGGAGUAUAUAUAUUUCGACAUCAAUCCGAAUCUCUGUACUACUAUUACCGAACCCAACAUUGUUAUUUCCUUGUGACCUCUCUG